UCAUGCUUGACAAAUAAUGAGAAUCUCUAAUACUUUUUCGUCUAAUUCUAAUUGACAGUGUUGACUUGAAGGAGUGAGUGUGGGGUAAUAUUGAGCAAGCACGUUACGGUUACUGAGUUGGAUGGAAUAAAUAUUGGAAGAAAGCGUGUCAAUAUUAUUUAAAACAUUUUUAAAGGGCAAUUCCUAAGUCGAACAUUAGUGUUAUGGCAGUUGUACGUGUUAAACGCCAUUGUAAUGAAGAACCAAUUGAUGCAUUGCUUUUAGCUUGCAAAAGGAGAAAGACUGAAAAUGAUAAUUUAACUUCUGUUUUCAAGUUCGCUGCAACAGUUGAUAAUCAGGAUGAGAAUGUUUACAAGUACAUUCCCAAGGCCUAUACGCUUGAACAAGCGGAAUCAUCAUAUAAAAAACACAAAAUCAGCAACAUCACCGACAAACUCAGAGCCGAAAACAGACUUUUCUCCCAACACAGUAGGUUGAAGGUAGUGAACUGCUUUCGUGCCCUGAGCGAGACUGACAGUUUAGAGGAUGGAACGACGCAGACUGCCAGUGAUCACAGUCUGACGAUUGUCGAUAUUGAAAGCCUUCCGACGACCAGUUCUGAAUCGUCCAAACAUUCAACAAUAUCUGAAGUGGACCUUGAUAAAAAACCCGAGAAGUAUGUGUAUGACAUCUACUACGCUCCUGACUGUAAACUCGAUGAGAAGAUGAUGGAUAAUCCCAUCAGCUGUCAUCCUCUGGAUGACUUAGUGUUUGAAGACUAUUCUAAUGAGGUGUACGAUGUUGAAGAAGAAUCAGAUGAUUCGAAUGAUGAAAACAACUGGAGAAACGAUUAUCCAGAUGAGGAUCCUGACAGUAUCGGAGAAGAUGACAUGAAGUUAGCCUGUCAGCUGGGAGGCUUGAAUAUGAGUGAUACUCACUCCUUGUCAUCGGACGCAGGCGAGGAAGAUCUAGUCUACGGGAUAGAUGAACCAGAGUGUACCGUCGGCAUCGACUCAAGUGACGCUGACUUUUACGGUUACGGCUAUGCAGCAUACAAGAAAAGAGUGGUCCAAGACCUCGACUCUGAUGCGAGUGAAAACAGUGACUUUUACUUCUGUGACAGUGACAUCGACAGUGAUCGGUCGUCGUAGUUUUUUUAUUUUAUGUGCCAUUAAGUCUUUAAGUUGUAAAUUUAUACAGUAUUUAUAGUUUAUAUUUUGUACAUAAAGUAUUUACAUAAAAUUGUGGUUUUUUUAUUGGUUAUUUAAAACUGAUAGCCAUUCAUUGGUAUAAGCACACAUCAUUAUGUCAGAUAUGGUUCAGUUAAUACAAGCCCAUUGAAAACAUUUGGGAGCCAUUCACAAUUUGGUCAUUAUCUAAAACUUUUAAUUUGCUGUACAAAACUUUAAUGUGUUUUUUUGUAACCAAUAUAUUUCUUUUGUAAAGAGCCAUAGUUAUCUUAUGAAUAACGUUUUUUACAAUUAAUGUAUAUUUUAUACAAUAUUAUUUAGGAAAUGUAAUGCAAAAAUAAUAAUGAUGUACCGGUACAUAAAAUGUUCUGAUGAAAUCAGCCCAGCAAUGUUCAGUCAUCACACACCAGUUUAAGCCAAAAUAAAAAGCCAUUAAAGUUACUGACAAAAUACAAUGUCAAUUGUAA